GUGAGCUGGGCUUCAUGCUUUCCUGCUCCUCUGAUUCUACGUGGCUCACCACCACAUAUUUCUGGGAAACUGGUUAAAAUUGUGGUUGAAAACUUUUCCCUUCCCAGGAUACGUAAGACGGUAUUUCUUUUCCACAGCGUUUCUCUGGUUGUAGCUGGCUGUCUGUGCUGACAAGGAGUGCUAGAACUGUCCCAUCAUGCCUACUGUGGUGGUAAUGGAUGUGUCCCUUUCCAUGACGAGACCUGUGUCUGUCGAGGGGUCUGAGGAGUACCAGAGGAAGCACCUGGCGGCCCAUGGCUUGACAAUGCUAUUUGAACACAUGGCCACGAACUACAAGCUUGAGUUUACAGCACUGGUGGUGUUUUCUUCACUUUGGGAGCUGAUGGUCCCCUUUACAAGAGAUUACAAUACCCUGCAGGAAGCCCUGAGUAACAUGGACGACUAUGACAAAACCUGCCUGGAGUCGGCAUUAGUUGGUGUUUGCAACAUUGUGCAGCAAGAAUGGGGUGGAGCAAUUCCUUGCCAGGUUGUUCUGGUGACUGAUGGCUGUCUCGGCAUUGGCAGAGGGUCUCUGCGACAUUCCUUAGCUACUCAGAACCAAAGAAGUGAGAGCAACAGAUUUCCACUCCCCUUUCCUUUCCCGUCUAAGUUGUAUGUCAUGUGCAUGGCGAACUUGGAGGAGCUUCAGAGCACUGAUUCCUUGGAAUGUCUUGAACGACUCAUUGACUUAAAUAAUGGGGAAGGGCAAAUUUUUACUAUUGAUGGCCCCCUGUGUUUGAAAAAUGUACAGUCUAUGUUUGGAAAGCUCAUCGAUCUGGCGUACACUCCUUUCCACGCUGUUCUCAAGUGUGGCCACCUAACGGCUGAUGUACAAGUCUUCCCCAGGCCAGAACCUUUUGUUAUAGAUGAAGAAAUUGAUCCUAUCCCCAGAGUCAUUAACACAGAUUUGGAAAUAGUGGGCUUUAUUGACAUAGCUGACAUUUCUAGCCCCCCAGUUCUGUCGAGGCAUUUGGUCUUGCCCAUAGCACUUAACAAAGAAGGUGAUGAGGUGGGUACCGGCAUCACUGAUGACAAUGAAGAUGAGAACUCAGCCAAUCAGAUUGCUGGCAAAAUACCCAACUUCUGUGUACUGCUCCACGGUAGCCUGAAAGUGGAAGGAAUGGUGGCAAUUGUUCAACUAGGUUCUGAAUGGCAUGGAAUGCUCUACUCCCAAGCUGACAGCAAGAAGAAAUCAAACCUCAUGAUGUCUCUCUUUGAGCCUGGCCCAGAACCUCUCCCGUGGCUAGGGAAAAUGGCACAGUUGGGUCCCAUUUCAGAUGCUAAAGAAAACCCUUAUGGGGAGGACGACAACAAAAGCCCAUUCCCCCUGCAGCCCAAAAACAAACGAAGUUAUGCCCAGAAUGUGACUGUCUGGAUCAAGCCCAGCGGCCUGCAGACAGAUGUACAGAAGAUCUUAAGAAAUGCAAGGAAGCUCCCUGAAAAAACACAGACAUUCUACAAGGAGCUGAACAGAUUACGAAAAGCUGCCUUAGCCUUUGGUUUCCUGGACCUGCUUAAAGGGGUGGCAGACAUGCUGGAGAGGGAGUGCACCCUGCUGCCUGACACAGCCCACCCAGACGCUGCAUUCCAGCUCACGCAUGCUGCCCAGCAGCUCAAGCUGGCCAGCACUGGCACCUCUGAGCACGCUGCAUAUGACCACAACAUCACACCCCUGCACACGGACUUCUCAGGGAGCAGCACUGAAAGAAUGUGAUGCUGACCUCUGGAGCUUUCCCUCUCCACCCACAGACCCUGAGCUGCCCCACAAACAGCAUUUGUCAGUUUGACUGUUUCUACUGCACUCAGAGGAGGUCUGACAGGUGCUUGUCUGGGCUCUAACAUUAGCUGUAUGGGACUCAGGCUUUAGGUCCAGAAACAGCCAUUGCUCUGUCAUGGGCACAGCUCCUGAGAAGCUGGACAGAUGAGAGCACUCAGGAAGCCUGACCAGCGUGGGCCCUCCAACAUCCAGAAAGCAAUUCUUCUACAGGUGUAUGUCUCAG